GUUUAAAAUCAAAUCAAAAAUAAACUUCAAAACCCAACAUACACACACACACACACACUCUCUCUCUCUCUCUAUACCGAACUUUCUCUCUCUACAUGACCGCCCGUUCACGGCAGCUCGGCGGCGCAAUCUCACCGCCGUCGCCUUCCGAAACACCCUCCCCUCCGGCCGACGCGCUCGACUCCGAUUUCGUCGUCAUCCUCGCGGCUCUCCUCUGCGCCCUAAUCUGCGUGCUCGGCCUCGUCGCCGUCGCGCGGUGCGCCUGGAUCCGGCGCCUCUCGGGGAGAUCGGCGCCGCCGACGCAGCCGAGGCGGUCGGAGGCGAACAGAGGCCUGAAGAAGAAGGUGCUGAAGUCGCUGCCGAGGGUGACGUACGGCGAGGACGCGGAGCAGGCGGCGAAGCUCUCGGACUGCGCCAUUUGCCUGGCGGAGUUCGCCGCCGGCGAGGAGAUCCGCGUGCUGCCGCAGUGCGGCCACGGAUUCCACGUCGGAUGCAUCGACAGGUGGCUCGGAUCGCACUCGUCGUGCCCGUCCUGCCGCCAGAUACUGGUGGCGGCGCGCUGCCGGAAAUGCGGCAAUUUGCCCGCGGCGGCGAUGAGAAUCGCGUGAAUAGGUUUUUGCCUUGAUUGAAUUUUUUUGAAAUCUCUCUCAGCUGCUUGAAAUUAGGGAUUGCGAAAGCAAUCGAUUUUUUUUUCUUCUUAUUUUUUUUUGUAUAGAUUGAAAGUUGUGGUUUGAGAGGCAUAGUUUGGAAGCUCGCAAUCACAAAAUUUGGUAAGUUAGGUUUUUAGGAAGAUUUAAUUUUUAUGGAAGGAGAUAGAUAGAUAAAUAAAUAAAUGUAGUAGUAUUAAGUUAUUUAUUCAAUGUUUUUGUAAUUUAUUUGAAGGUGAAAAUUGAUACUUGUAGUGUUGUAUUUUUUAA